GUCCCCCUGAGGAGACGGGGGAGAUGGCGGAGAGCGAGUCGGGAUCUGAGAGCAGCGAGGAGGAGAACCUGCCCUCCUUCGCCUACCUGCUACAGCCGUCCCCAUGCCUCGGCGAGCCGAGCCGCCCGCGGUCGCCAUCUCCUAAUCCUGAGGUGGCAGAGGUUGUCAAGAUGGUGAGCAGCGAGAGCGUAGAGGAGGUGGACGUCGUCCCUUUGCACGAGAGGGUCAAGGUGAGGGUGGGAGCGGACCCUGAGCCUUUCAACCUGGGCUCUGAUGAUAAAGGAGAAGCAUCUGGGCUUUGUGCUAGUGGUGACCUGAUGGCUCCUGAGAGCGAAGGGCUUUGGCAAGACCUGACGCCGUCUGGAGAAGUAGCUUGUGAUAGUGAGAAUGACACACGCAGUGUUGAGAGGUCCUCCUUGUGCUCCUUGCCAAUCGACUCUGACAGGCCUAGUAGCCCCCCGGUAAGCAGAGAACGGCCAGAAACAUCGCUCCCUCUCAAGAAGCGACUAUAUAGUCCGAAGGAACGGGAGGCAAUCUGCCAGAAUGCGUGGCAGAGAAGGAAGGAGCAAGAAACAAAGAGGAGGAAGCAGGAGGAGGAGAAAGAGAGGAAGAGAGCCGUUGCCAAUAUGCUGAAAGCUCAGCGGCCAGGAGAGUGCCAGAAAUACAUAACAGUGGUGCUAGAUCCAGUCAUCUUACAGGUAGAAGGUGGGGAGCAGAUCCUUAGUGCUUUGCAGGCUGCCAAUUAUUCCUGUGUGUUUGAGAACCACGCUGUUCCCUGCAGCAUCACCUGGAGGAGAAAGACAGUGACAUCACAGAUGGGAGGAGGAGAUGAAUGGACAGAAGAACCAAAUGUUCUGGUUCUGCUUGGUCUGGAGGAGUUUUUGUCCAUGGCUCACAGCUACAAGCAAAAUGCUGAUGGCUGUGCAGAAAGGCAGAAGGAGACCCUGCAGAGCUAUGUGGCUCAUAUGAUGGAGAAAAUGCCUGGGAGAAUUCUGGCUCUGGCAGUAGUUGGAGUAGAAAAUUAUUUCAGGUCUCUCCAAGUUCAGCCAAAACAAAGGCUGCGACAGACAGCAGCAAGUGGGAAUCAAGAGAAACGGGGAGAAAGGAGAAAAAAGGAAGUUAAGGAUUCUAGCUUGAACUUAUCCAGAAUGGAUGUGAAAGAAGCCCUGGUGGAUCUGCAGCUGAGCACACAAGUCCAAAUCAGCAUUUUUGAGAGCAGUGAGGAGCUUGGGGAAUAUGCCACUAUGUUCACAAAAGCUGUGGCUGAGGCACCGUACAAGCGAGAGCGAGAGAACACAGGGUUCUCUUUCUACUUGGAGAAGGACUGUUGCAGAGGGGUGAAGGUGGAUCCUUCUGGAAAGGGUCUCUUGAAAGUUUGGAAGAGGCAGAUACAGCAAUUUAACCGUGUCAGCUCUGAGAUGGCUGAGGCUAUCGUGUCUGCCUACCCUUCUCCUCAGCUUCUGAUCCAGGCCUAUGAGAAAUGCUCCUCGGACCAGGAGCGGGAGAACAUGCUGGCCAAUAUCCCUGUGCACCGUGGGGAGGGUGUGACAGCCACCUCCCGGCGCAUUGGGCCGGAACUGUCCCGACGCAUCUAUCUGCAGAUGACUUCCCACGAUCCCGACCUCUGUCUGGAUUUUACUGGGUAGCACAGGGAAAAAGGGUUGUACUGUUUGUUCAGUUAAGUGUUCCAUUUCGGAUUUCACUGGGUAGCUCCAGGGAAUAAGGGUUUUUACCAUUUGUCUGGUCAAGUUUUCAGUUUUCUUCUGUGAAGAAGUGCUUAGAUAACACUCAUUGAUCCUUGUUUAAAGACUUGAAACACAUUAAGACUUUAUUGUAGCAGGAAAAAGUUGGAUAAAGUUGCUGAAUAGCAGGAGUUUACACAAGAAAGAUGGUGAACAUCUUCCCUAAGCACAUGAGUUGCACACAGCUUAUAGUACUGAUGUUGUUUUAAUUGUUUUCCUAUAAAAUAAAUAAUUUUGAAGAAUAACCUUUGCUUCUUAACAUGGUGUCUUGAAUAUAGACAGGUAUGUCCUCUGUUGAAAGGAAUACUUCCUGUUGCUCUCCUGAACUGCAAGGACUUACCUUCUCCCUCCUUUGGGACAAAUCCUGAAGCUAGAGCAUCAUGGUGCUGCUCCCCCAACACCUCCUCUAGCGAGGUGAAAGAACUUCACGAAACAGCCUCUCGUUGUUCCACUGUAGCAGAUGGGAAUGAGUAAGACUAAUUUUCAGAUACAAGUUUAGAGUGCUCUGAUUCAGUCUCCAGACGGCUUAAUCUAGAGAAGGUCUUGAAAUCUGAUUAUAUGCGCUGGAAUUAUGAGGUCUAAACAGUUGGCACAAAAAGCUUCCUUUUAAUUAGAUUGGGUACCACUGCCUGUCCGUGCAGCCAUCAGCACUUAUGCUCACACAAGGACAGUUGAGGGUUUUUCUAACAGCAUUGCUGAGAAUUAAACUGCAUUCCAUGUGUGGAAGUUAACUCUUUGGAACCCUGCUGCCUCCAGUGGAAAAAUCCCAACGUGCCCUGCUUGUUCUAGGCAUCCAGCUGGAGCCCUGGCCUGACCAGAAGUGCUGCUAACCUGAAUCUAUAAAUUGCAUUCCUUCCUUUAAUCUGACACUCGUGCUGCUGCUCUCUCCUGUGCGAUAUUCAGGGAACCACAAUCUUAUAAUUGGGUUACAGAAAAAUGAGAGUUUACUGCUGUGAUGGUUUCCCCAUAGCACUGCUCCUGGCAGCAAUAAUCCCAGCUAUGAAUAGCACUGCUCCUGGCAGCAAUAAUCCCAGCUAUGAGAAGAGGGAACGAUUCUGAAGACCAGUGUAGAAUGUCUCAGUGGAGCCUGUAGAACAGAUAUUCUCUCAUUUUAAGAACUCACAAAGCUCUUAAGGAUAUGAAAAACUUCUGCUUGAUGGGAGUUACAGAAAUUUUUAAAUGAAUUUUAAAUAAUUUUUAAGGAAAUUCUAAAUAAUUCACAGACCAUUGCAGAGGUGAGUUUUCCUCUUGCUAUGCAAACCACCAAACUUCCCAGCCUUUCCCCACCCCCAAGGCUUCCCCUUUCCUGCCAGCAGUGCUCCCACAGUGCCACCCAGUGUUGCUUCUGCAGCUGCAGCAGGCAGCAAUUAGUGGCUGUUCCUAAAAGGCCUAAUUUAAAUGAAAACUAUGUUAAUAACAUAAACAUCCAGUUCAGACAAAUUGCUGUGAAAACUGUUGUAUUGAAAAUUUUCAGCUUCUUUCAAUAGCACAUCAGCCUCUUUGCUCCAACAUAGGGAUGCACAGCCAUCCUAAAUGCCUGUAAUUGGUCCUGGAGUGUGGCCUUAGUCUAUUAUUCCCAUACAGCCAUACCACCAUUCUAAGCACACACAGAAAUGAGAGCAAGGAACAGAUAUGUAUUAAAAACCUUCCACCUCUAGCUUAGAGCUACAGCUGUCUCACCCAGAUGCUGUGAGAGCUGCUUGCUCCCAUUCCUAUAGACUGUCAGCUUCCUGUACCUCACAAUCCUGGUGGACACAACUUGGAGGCAAGGAGUGGUAACAAGUUUAGGU